GACUCCCGCUUCCUGUUUGUUUCUUCUUCGUUGGUUUCUUCUACUUAGUAUUUGAGUUGGCAUCCUUAAUGGAGGUAGGUGUCUGUUGGCUAAUUAUUGAUUUCUCCAAAAUUUUGUGUGUACUUUUACUUUUCGUGGUGUGUUUAUUAAACAGUUUUUAGUUUCUUUUCACUCAUGUAUCAUCCCGAGUGUUAGUUUUGUCGUGUUGUGUCCGCUUAGCGUCACUCGUGCCAACUUAUGUUCAUUCAGUUAAACUAGCCCGUGUUUCUGUCUGUGUAGGAGAGGAGGGAAGGCUGCGAGGCUGAAUUUACUAAGGUUUCCCUCGUCAUUCUGGUUCACAGGUAUGAUUGUUGUCUUUUUUUCAGAUUAUAUAAAAUGUACAAUGAUAUUGGGGUUAGCCUUCUUACUUCUGCCACCCUUUAUAUGCUAAAUGAUACAGUGGGCUAGAUCUAAAGUCAGUGGUCAAAGCAGAUGUGAUGUGGGUAAUGUCAACACAUACAGUACAGCCUACUUCAUGUGGUUUUUUUUUGUUUUGUUUUUUUCAAAAGACUGUAAUGUUGAAAAUACUUACCACUUAUCCUUUUUGUAAAAUGUAUUUAAAAGCAAAAACCAAAGUUGAGUCUAAGGAAAAUGAUAUGCAGAAGUAAACUAUAAUCUCAUUAUUUUGUAUUCUGGAUGUAGUUGACUGUAAUACUUACUGGCUCUAAAUUCACUGAUUUAAUAUGUCAACACUAAUGGCGGUGUGCCAAUACAACUGUGUCAUGGAGAGUAGAGAGACAGAGUCCAAGGCUGUGUCCAAAAUGGAUCCCUAACCUCUACAUAGGCGACUAUAUGGGGGUUAGCGCCAUUUUCAGAGGUGUCCGAAACCUCAGUGAUCGAUUCCAAUGCCCCAUAUAGGCGACUCAAAAUUUCCCAUAGAGCAUUGCAAAAUGUAGUGACAAUCUGAUGGUAAAAACUCAUUAUAAAAUUACUCUAUAAGCUCAAACUCCUGAAUAGAUAUCAAAUACAUUACAAUUUUUCUUCUGUUUGAAUCAGACUUUGAGUAAGAGCUGAAACAUUUCACAAAACCAUACAUCAACACCUCCGUAAUCUUAAGGACUCUUUUAAUUUGCUGUAUCAUUUCAUCAUUGACAACACAGGGGUCCAAAAACUCCAUUUUGUAUUUGACACAUUUCAUAUGACUAGUCCAAAAAAAUUAAGAUAAUCUCCAUUUGGCUUUCAUAAGAUCUUACAGGUCCUAUAUUGAUGGUGCUUUCUCAUACGUACACAGUCUUUUGCUUUGAAGUUGUACAUAUAUUUUUUAAAAGGCACAGUGGCAAAGGCACAAAAGCGCAGAUCAGGCACAUUCAAACUUCAUCCAUGUCUGCUUGGACUCACUAGAAUCCAACACAAAACGAAAAACAAAGAUCUCUGGGUUUUUAAAUUCCUUUGUCAGAACUUCUUCAGGCAUUAUUUGGAGAUUAUAAGCCCACUAAUGAGUUUUUAUUAAGGGAUUCACACUACAUGACAUAAUUUACAAAACGAUGUAUGCCCACACUGAGGGCAGCUGAACACCUGAAGCUUUUUAUUCCAUGUCCUGAAAGAAACGACUUUUCCUCAAAACGUGUUACCAUAUGGAAAAUGAGCAAACCAACCACACUGUGGUGCUGUUCUACCAACAGUCAGACAAACUAACAGUUCACAUCUCAGCAGUAUAAGUACUGAUUGUGCUGCUGCUACUCAUGAGAGCAAUUACCAUUAUCAGCUCCACUUGUCACAAAUACUAACAGACUUUAUCGGCUUGUAUGAGAUCCAGAAGACGACUAGAGAUAUUCCUGCAGACGUCUGUGUUAUCAGUUGACCUGGCUGGUAGAAACGUUAUAUAAAAUAGCCCCCAUUCUGUAUCCAUUCAACCACAAAUGGCAUCAUACAGACCAAGAGAGGACAAUCUUUUCAAAUAUGGGACUGCUGCCAGCAAAGCUGUGUGUCCAAUGAAGGGAAAUCCUUGUUACGUUGUGUUGUGUUUUUGAGACUGUUAACAACUGCUUUCUGCAGUUUCAAAUAUCAAAUGUGUGGAACUACUGUAUUUAUCACACAGUUUCUAAACACUAAAGAAGCAGCUGAACAUUUUAAAAGUAGGUUUGCUGCUGAGAUGAUCAACAGUACUUCUACAUCUCAACGUGACGCAAAACUGAAUGCAGUCUGAUAGACAGGAAUUUCAAAAAAGGGACAAUUUGACAUUAGUUGUCACAUCUUUAAAAAACCUCCAUUCAGGUGAGUGUAAUGUAAAGGAUAUUUGAGCUAGUCGUGAUAAAGUUUGCUCGCUGAACAAAUACUUCAGUCAGGUGUUAACAGCCUGACUUUAGCCAGUCUGUCUGUAAGGAACCAGAAUAUAUCUGCUCAUAAGCUUGUAAAAAAACACAGCUAUACCUUAGGUAAACAUCAGGUAGAUUUUCCUUUAUCUGAGAACAGAGCCAGGAGCUGUUUACCCCCAUUAUCAGACUUUUUUACUAAACUAAGUUGAGCGCCUGCUGACUGUAGUUUCAUAUUGACAGUGUAUUAGCAAAUAUUUAGGCUAUUCAAAGCACCAAUGAUGCCCAUUCUGGCACGAACCAGACUGUCAACUUGAAGCACUGUCAGACUACGCUAGUUUCAGAGUAUCACGCUCGCUAUGUGAAACAGCAGUCCAGAGACUAUGGUUCACUAUGGUUUAAAGCAGAUUUCACUCAAUUUUCCGGAUGGAGUGUUUUAUCAUCACUUUAAAAGUCAAAAAAUAAGCUGAAUUAGUUUUCUUUCUGGCUUUAGAAGUUGUGUAAGAUAUUAGCCUAUACUCUCAUUUGGGAGUUUGAUGUAAAGAUUGGCAGUUUUUAUUGAAGGACAUAUACAAAAGGCUUUAGCCGUUACCAGUAAGCUCAAUUUUGCAUUUAGACGAAUAACUGGGAGUAUUUGUUGGCCCGACUAAGAAAGCUUGUCUAUCAGCACCUCUAAAGCCCUAAAUCUGGACUCAAAGUUUACCAAGGGAUAUAUCUAUAUAUUAAUAUGUUUAUCAAUAAACAAGUUGUGUAACUACAAACACACAAAAAGGGGAAUCAAACUUCUCAUUUAACUUUGGCUGGAAAGCAAAAAAAGUGUAAUUCUUCUUUAAGGUAAUGGGGAAAUGAUGAUGAAUCAUUAGUGCUGCAAUGGUUUAAAAAUGCAGCCAGGAUUUCACCUGGAUUUUUUUGCUUCCAUUAAAACAGUAUUGCAUCUUAAUCUUCCCCAUGUAAAGCCAAACAUGACUUUUCUAUCUUCACCUUAUUGAGGCACCUGAUUAAAACCACAGCUUGUACAGCCGAGCUUCUUACUGGAGGUUCAUCUUUGGUCCAACAGAGAGAACCCGCUGUCAUGAGAAAUGGUGUCAGUUCGAGAAAAAGCUUAACAUCAAUCCUAAACGAAACUGUAACAUAGUUCUGUAAACCUCGUCAGUCACUGAGGAACUUUCUGGAGUUGUUUUGUGUCCCAUUUUGUUCCGCAGAGCUCUUCCUCACCGAGAAGUCAGCACGGAGCAGGCGGUGGAAAUAAAUCAGCAUCAUAAUAUUCAUCAACAUAAUGGCGAUUAGAAAAUAUGUGCCAUGGUCCAGCCAGGAGUAGUUGUCGAUGAUGUACCAGGUGAGGUAGAACUGGGUGCCCAGACGAAAGAUGACGUAGGUCAAAAUGUUGGCAUAUUUGUUGAAGUGGUACAAGGAGGAGUACUGAGCGCCUGCCAGCUUCAGCAUCAGCCUCAGGUGCAGAGUGACGCUGUUGACCUCCACGAAGAGAGCGAUCACAGCCCCGGCCACAUACAGCUGGGUGUAGAGGGCAUACAGGAAGGAGGAGAUCACCUGAGGAGGAGAGUGACAGAGAGGCAGAGGUGUUUACAGGUAACAGCUAAUAUCCUCAGACAAUGUUUGCCUUUAUUUGCAUUUUAACUUUAUUAGUCCUCCUCUACUGACAGGCUCUUUCUUCAUAUUGCUCGGUAAUCCCAUGAGUUGGGCUUGAUGAUGGAAAGGAUCUCAGAGAGGGUUUUUACGACAAAAGGUGAACUAAAACACUUGUGAGGGUAGGAAUAAAUGUCCCUGUAACUCUGGCUCAUCCAGGACAUGUUUUUUUUUUCAUACUGGUUUUAAUAGGGAGGCAUGUGGAUUAUCCAGACUCUCUGGCACACUGAUUGCAAAAUACAGAUUUGUUUGUUUGGUUGUUUCAUUAAUCCUCAAUCCCCGCUUGUAAGGGGGUAAAAAAUGUCAGUUUGGCUUGACUUGAUAACUGCGUAACAAUAGCAUUACUGCAGAUAAAGUGUUGUUGCAUGUUUGACAUUAGACGGCAUGAAAACAUAUAGAGGGUCUGAGAAAAUACUCAGAGCUGAAAAUCUUCAGCAUGGUGUGCUUUCAAAGUAUAACUAAGUUCCUGAAGAGCGCUUUAAAGAGUCUGUUGACGUGUGAGUUACACUGACUUUCUGCUCAGUGGUAACACACUGUUCCCCCUGUUAUGAGUCCCCUAUUUAGGAUUACUUUAACAAUAAUAAUAAUAAACUUUCUUUUAUAGCGGCACUGUUUUGUAAAAGGGUGAGACAACAAGACAUAAAAAUCAAUAAAAAGUACACGAGUAGCCAAAGUCCUGGUUGUAUAAAGGUGUAAACAAAUGGGUUUUUAACCGCUUUUUUACAGUGUCCACAGUCCUCAGUUCUCGAGGGAGAGAGUUCCACAGUUUUGGAGCAACAAACUCAAAUGCACAGACACUGAGCAAAGAUAAAAUCAAAUAGUAUAAAGUCCAAAACAGCUACAGAGGCUGCAAAUUUUAAAGCCAAUAUGCACAAAUGCAUAUUUCAGAGUUGAAAACAAUAAGUAAAGGCUUGCUGUCUUACCAGUACAUGAUGGAGUAAGAAUUCCCAUGAUCCUUUUCCAUGUCCUGUCAGAAUAAUAUCACUUGCAUCCUGCACAAAGUAUCCUAAAAAGAGGAGAAAGAUAUCCGUCACCAGUGUGAUAAUUAGAGGGUAAAUCAGUUGGAUGUGCAUCUUUUAACUUCUAUCAGAAAGUCUAUAAUCAAGAAAUUUAGAGAAAUUGACAUACUCUGUGUGUGAUAAUCCAAAACAAAGAUUUAAAGUAGAUCAGGUUAUGGAAAGAAAUAAACUUUGAACUAGUUUUUAGUGGAGAUGUUUCUGUACCAUAUUCCAGCCUGUUUCAGCUAUCACAUACACAUCAUAGAUGCAGGUUAUUCUCAAAAGCAAAAACAAAACAGCAUGUAAGAUGACAUUAUGGAAUUAAUUUGUGAAAUUAAUAUCAUAAGUAUGUGUUUAUAUGUAAGGAUAAGUCUUUCAGAGCAAGUUUGAAAACUGAACAAUGGUGUUAGGCUGAUUGUCAGUGAACACCAGCAGUAUUGUCAGGUCGUGUUUAUGUUCAGCUCAAAUCAGGAAAAGAUCAUUAUUAGGAUUAAAACAGUAAGCAAACAUGGAUCCUUACAAACAUGGAUCUUUACAAACAACAAAGACAAUGGUCUCCUGUUUGUUUUUUUUUGUUUGAAGUCAUUCACUGUUGACUAAUCCGAGCAAAUAAAUACUAUUAAAUGACAGCAGAAGAACUUGUCUGAGGUCCAAUGUCUUGCUGCAAAUAUAACUUAUAUAAAUAUAAUACUAACUUUUAUGAAAAAAAGUUUCUAAAGUUUACACUUGAAUCAUGAUAAGCCUUAGUUUCUAGUGUUUAUUUCUCAUAACUUUAGUAACAUAAAAACUACAAAGAGAACAAGAAAUCAGAUAGAAAGCUAUGUGCUGUAGGGGGAGGCGUAUCACCUCCCUGAAGUGACAAAAACCAACAAGUUACGUGACUGGAAGUACAACGCUGGCUGAGGUGGCGUGGUUAGAAGUGAAACCGGACAGGUGUGACAAGAUAAACCAGACAAAUCUGUGGUUGACAGUCAGAGUGAGUGUAUUGGUUUAGCAUGAACCGCACUCCUAAAGAUACAAACUGAUAUCAUGAGUAAUGAAUCAGACAAAGUGAGAUAUCUGAGCUCUAAGGACGCACACACUGAUAGAGCAAUCUCUUAGAUUUGACUUCUUAUUAUGGUCUCUUCAUGAGUACAGGUUGAUAAAUUACAUUAGCUCCCUAAUAAAAGAUUUUUUGUCACUCCAACUCUACAAACUCAUAAUAAUGAUUACUAAUUCUGAAUCAUCAAAGUAAUAACUGGAACAAUCAGAUCACUCAUACCAUCUCAAAAUCUACAGAUAGAAUCCAGUUUAUUUAUUAAGUUUACAAUUUCAUCUCUUCUGUCAACAAAAAAACGAUAGUUUCAGAGAGUAUUUGUAGACAACAUGGAGGAUAAUUUUAACGUUACUCCCUCAGUAUUUGUUGAGCACAAAACUUGAGGUUUGGCAGACCAGCCGCCAGAGAAAAGUAGAUGAGAGGUAAAGAAAAUGAUGCAAAAUCUAGCCAGGGAUGUUAAAACACAUGGAGACAAUUAAAAGGGACAUUAAUUAAAUUGAAGAAAACAGACACCGAUUUUAUUUGCUGCAUCUGUUAAGAGUUUGACUGACUUAAAUUUGGAGGGAAACGCUAAGUCUAAUGUUAUUUUAAUGGUUAAACAGGUGAAAAUUUCAAAUGUUCAGUUGCUGAAUGUAAGUGUAAAUUUGGAACUGGUUUAAAACUCCUCAUGGUGCCUUUCAUAUAGAGUAUAACAUUUAGUUUUUGAUCCCUGUUUAGAACACAAAGUGUAAUACGGUGCCUCAAAAUAACUAUUUUGAUACUGUUGAUCAAUAAUUUGGUCAUCAUGUACUGUAAGAUGCCCAUUAACCCUUCCAAAGGCUGAAUACAACAUAAAAAAAGGUGGUGAAAAUCACCAUCUUUGGGAGUCUGUUUUUUGUUGAACUAAUCCAGCAGCACAUGAAAUUGUCUCUCCUCUCCACCAUUCUUAAAAGAUGUCCUCUUAGCUAUCCACAACAUUAACUACGGUUAUUACACUUUACAGGCCUCAUUCAGCCCGGAGUAUCGAACUGACUAAGAGUCUUUGUGCAUCUGUAUGAUUGGCACGCUGUGGCUGUGGCCCGACACACAACCAGACCCUGUGUUUUAAGAGCAUGACCUCCAGUAUCUGGUCGGUCUCUGCGGAGCUUAUAGCUGUUAGUGGUUGUCAGGGCAGAUCUCUACAGAUUUAUGUCUUCAUGGUAACAUAGAAGCACACACACACCACCAAAUCAUACAGCUCAAAACCAGACCACAUAGUCCUCAGCGGAUUGUCUUUGGUGUCUAUAGUGAUUGAGAGGAGACGCCCAUUCGCCUGUUCUAAGAAUCAGGUGAGAGGGGCGGAUCUUAAGGUGGUUUCUCUGGAAAGCAGCUAGUGGAGGGUGGCAGUUUAACUCCCCCAGGAACAAGAGGGAGGAGAGAAAAUGCUGCAAAUCAAGAACAACCCCACCAUAUUUUCCCUCCAUGCAUCAAACUACAUCUGCACACUGGAUGCUGAACUGAGAAAUGUCAAGCAGCUGCUGUUUCCAGCUUCUCAAACAUAAAGAUUCGACCCAUUUAAACGCAACACAAGACAAAAUUUGAAUGAUAGAUUCUCAGUAGAUACAAUAUAACUACUUUAAGCUAAGGCUGUUUUUUUAAGUGGGGGAAAAAAUCUCUUUACAGGCUGAUGACAUUUAUUGUUUCUUGAAUCUACUGGGGGGAAAAAAUAAUAAUUAAAUUUAUAUGAUUCUUAGAGCGUAUGAAGAUGGUGCACCACCUUUCAGACAGUAAAACCUAACUACAGUUAUGUAACCUUUACUCUUAAAUGUUUGUGUCUUGUGUGAUGCAUUUACUGACCUGUUGAGACACAGACCAGCAGGUAGGACAGAGGGGUGUGGAACGAGUGGAUGUUGCUCAGCGUCUCGGGCCAAACCAAUGCACUGGAGAGGGACACAUGUUAUGGAUAGGUGGGUCUGUAUUCGCCUCACUCAGACAAACAUGGGCUCACUCCUGGAGAGAAAAGCCUGACUAAGCAGGGACAUUAAUAUCAGACCCUGACUCUUCAUUAUUCUUCCUUUUUUCUUACUGCUCUUCAGAAAAAGGGACACACCUCAAAAAGUAAUAUUUUCCUGUAUCCCCUCCCUAUAUAAACACUUGAGAUGAGAUUUUGUUAAUAAAUGACCAAUAGUCUUGUGUGUCCUGUUACACAUGCUCGCCCAUGGGGUGUGCAAAAGAACUUUGUCCAACUUCUGUCAUCUCCACUGAAGUUAUCAAUCAAAGCUAACUCAUACUAUCACCUAUAGUGUGAAGCAAUUGUAACAUGCCAUUGCAAAUAGCUAAAAAAUGUGACCUUGUUCCUAUUUCUUAGCAUUUAGAAAUGAGUCACAUGUGUGUGUCCCCGCCCCAAAAAGUUUUUCAUGAUGCUUUCGAAAGGAUCAUUACUCCAGCAGGUUUUUCCAGUUGUUAUAUCUGAGGGCUGUUUCUUAAGUAGCCCUGUCUGUUAGCUGAAAACCAUGUCGAAAACACUGGCACACAAACUCACCAGCACAAGCAAUAAGAUCUUUGUGUGUCUCAUGCCGUACAGUGGCAUUUCCCUCCCAACUUAUAAAUGCCAUUGUCUCUCCCCCGUCCCUCACCCUGUCUGAACAUGCCCUUCUUCUACUGGCUGCCACAGACUGUCACUGCUGCACACACACCCACACACACACACACUCACACACAUAACACAUCAUGUGCACUGUGAAUAGACAAUGGUGUCCCAGUGUCGCUGGAUGUGCAGACAGAUGUUUUGAUUGAGACUCACCAGGUCAGGGCCCAUACUCCGGUCAGCGUGGAGUGCACCAUGGAGACAGAGAGGUUUCUCCACUUCCACGAGUGGAGCUCAUUCUGCUUCACCACGUUGGGCACUGGCAGCCUUUGAAGCAACCGGUGGACCACCCUGAAAAGCAGAGAAAAUACCAGCACUACCGGCCCUGGGUGAUUCCUCAGCGCAGGAAUGAGGGCGUCCAUCCUUCCUCCCCUCACCCAGGCUCUCCCUCUGUCUCUGAACGCUUGCUCUUGUUCUCCAAAACAACUCCCCCUCUUCUCUUUCCGCCUGUCUCGCGCUUCUGUCAGCGUCUCCUAUGCUCGGUAAUGGAUAGAUGUGUAAGGUAUGUUCGAGGAGUGUUUUCCCACUAUAGGGGGCUCCGGAGAGAUGACCCUCAGUGUUUAUUUUUGUAAGUCCUCUUUUUUUGACGCUGCAGCCUUCUUCUUCUUCUCACGUUUUCAGCGUCCGGAGCCCGAGGAGGGAGGCUUGGAGGGGAUUCCCGUAACAGCUCAUGCCAACACCACUGUUUGUUUUCACGCAGAGCCUUGUAAUGUUGUUAUGCGCUCCCGCUCUCAGCCCGCCUGUCUGACUGAGCAGAAUGAGAAGUGGAGAGGGAGCGGGGUGGGCGGUGCUGCUGCCUCUGCUGCGCCCUUAAACCAGUGAAACAAGGAGGGGCAGAAACUGUGCUCAUAUUACGAAACAGAAGAAAAAAUCACAGAUUUCGAGUAAGCUUGUUGAGCCCGACAUUCAUGUUUAAUUGUCGUAGUGUAAACAUGGCAUGGCUGCCAGCGUUUCCUCUCGCGCGUUUUUUACGCACCGUGCGUAAAAGCCCCUCCCUGCUUGGUUUAAACAUAAGAGCAACAAGAAAAAUCCGUUUAAGUUUUACAAGAAAUAAUUGGUGAGAUUUUUCUCCUUUCUUUUUAAAUACAGUACUUAAGUUACGGAGCAAGACUGGAAUAUGAAGGCAAACUACUUUAAACCUUUCAAGGUACUAAAAGCAAAGAUUUCUAAUAGAGGUUAGCAGUGCUGCCUUAUGGGAUUUGAACCAAGUCAAUUAGUUGUGGGUUCAGUUACUGACCUGGGACUAGUGAUGGGCACAGCAGUUCUUUUAUAUGUAAUGAAUCACUAGAAUCAGUUCACUAAAAAGAUUCGUUCAAAAGAUUCGCUCAUCAAAUCAUACAAAAAUGAUUCCAGAGAGUUUAGUUUAAUGCGGGAUUCGUUUACUAGGCGUCGGUCCAUGCGGUCCCUCAUUCACCGGCUGUUCGCCUGGCAAUGCUUCGUGCCAUAGCAUCUGCCCUCCCGACAGCUCAACUGAAGUGAGAAACGAAUAAAUCACUUACGGAAGUGAUUCGGUUCAGUACGUUCACCCUAAAAGAUUCGGUUCUUUAGAAUGAAUUGUUCGCGAACAACACAACACUACCUGGGGCUCACUACAUAAUGGAGAAAUAAUAAAAAAAACACUACAGUGUUAGUUGUGAUUUUGAAAUACUAUACAUAUGAAAAUUAAAUACCUGAAAGAAACAAAAAAUGUCAGGCAGCUAUCUUUAAGUCAAAUUACUCUGGGUUCAGAUCCCAAACAGGAGCCUUCAUGUAAGGUUUUGAUGAAAUGCUCCAUUGCAAUGUAGUAUAGACUGUCUUUUGAAAUGAAAACCAUGAAAAGUUGAGAUGAAACGAUCAAAUAACAUGGGGAAGGUUGGUUUACUCUGCUGUCAGGAGUCAGAUGGUUCGUCAUGAAAAUCCCAGACAGGGAUCCACACUAUGAUGUAGAUAUGAGAGGCUUUCCUCCCACAGAAGCCUGAGCUGUGCUUUUGAAUUACACAUUGGAAAUGUAAUAGUAAAAAAAACCUUAUCAAAUGUUUAUAUGUGAAAUGGCACCAUUCGCACUAAAGUGUGAGUGGUACUUUUGAACAGUCAAAAUAAAAAUGUGAGAUGAAAAGACCUAAAAAUGCAAGCACUGCCAGGCAGGUCUGAACAGGGUGAGGCAGCUGCCUUGUCCAAAUGGGUCACAGUUUCAAUCAAGGGCUAACAGAGAACAAGGUGGAGGCAGGAACUGUGCAAAGUUAAGGUGGAGACAAACAUGGAUGAGGCAAGGAAAGUGAAAUAACGGAAACCGAGAAGAAAGCAAGGAAAGGAAGAUAGAGAGCAAUAAGGGAAAAAUCAUCUAAUGAUCGUAAUUCAGAAAGGAGAGAAGAGUUAACAGAUUACACAUUCUCUGAUUAUUUCCAUAAAAGAGGUCUUACAAAACUGAACACAACAGAAACUACAACUAUCAAGAAGACACAUUAGGACACUUUUUACAUUACAUCAUCAAACAAAGUACGUCAGCAGUUAGUAGGCUCUUUGUAUUGUUUUGGUCAUUUUAACAAUAUAAAUCUGCAGCCCAACAGCAGCACUGUGGAGGCCUCUGUUCUGGCCUUCAUUAUUACUAUAAACACUGAGAGGCUCUCAUUCCUCACAGCUGGCCUCUCUACAUCCUGGAGGUGAGUUGGGGGGAAAAAAAACUGCUGCUUGGACCCCCAGAACUACACAUAUUGGCACCACCUGCACCACAGCUGUCUGUGUGAAACAGAAACCUGAAUGGGAGGAGUUUAUCUCUCUUUGUUAAACUGCUGAAUGUUUCCCCCUAUCAUGCAUAUUUCAUUCCUGAUGAAAUCAGUUUCUCUUUUAUAAAGUAAAUAUUAGUGGUUUUCGUUGUUAUCUGAUGUCCUGACUUAAGCUUUUGAGACAACCGCAUAUGAAACAUCAUUGCAGUAUAAAAUGAAACCAUUAGGUGGCAGCAAAACCUUUAGUGAAAGACAAACAACUCUUGCAAACAGCCUGUUUUUCAGCUCAGCGGUCCUUCUAGUUUUUCAUCAAACCACUUGGGGGCACUUGUCUCCAAAGAUCUGCCUCCUUUAGGAUAGAACCUUCCCAGGGAUUAAUAAAACUGCAGCCCUUUUAUUUGAAACAGAAUAUGAUCCCACAUUUACUGAGAGACUUGAUAUGUUUUCAUUUCUGAUUAUAUAUCUGAUUCUCUGUUUUCUUAAGACUAUAAAACUCACCAUGAAACCUAAGCCUUUGGAUUAAUGGGCUCUGCAGCUCAAAAGAGAGAAAUGUUACCUGAUACCAAGGCUGUGUUUCCUGGUUGAUUCCCUUUAGUUGAAGUGUGAGUGAAAAACAAAGCUUUUGCUCUCACGGUCAUUAGUCACAGCUUCAGGUUUACAAAGAGUCCGCUUAAGAUUUUUUGACAGCAGAUGCAAAAAAGUAACACAGUUGUGGUAGUUGUUAUACUUUUCUAUGCACCACAGUUAAAGCAAGGACUAGAUAUACUUGAUAUACACAACGGGUGAUACAUUGAGAUGUGAAUCUUCUUGUGCCUGGCUCUGCAUCGAACCAUAUUGAUCUCAGGGUGUUUUUUCUUUUCCCCAAGGGCCUGUUGAGAAACAGCGUCUCUGCAGAGGCCAACUGAGAGCAAAUCUAGAGGUAAAUUGAUUUCUUGCAAGUGCAUCAUAAAUAUCCAAACGCAAAUGGGUCAGCUUCGGUCAGAGCGGGAUUAAGUUUCAACCCUGGUUGGUAAGAUGACACUCUUCAAAGUUUUAGAAAAGAGGGGCUUAAUGGUAAAUUAUGUUUGUGAUGUUAUUAAACUGAUUAAAUCAACUGAUUAUGCACAUUUUGAUGACGUGAACUGCAAUCUGUCAUGUGUAAACUGGUACAGGGACUCUAGUGGGAGCUUUAAUCUUUAAAAUAUUGCAGCUGUGAUGGAGUGGAGGGUCCUGUUCUCCUGUCCUGGACAAUUCUGCAAACAGGUAGGUCCGCAGCAGCAAAACACCUGCAGCAGCAAUCCAGGGAAACCUACGAAAAGGCAAGUCUUGAGUCUUCUCUUAAAGGUAGAGUACCCACUGAGAAAUAAACACACUUGAGAUAUGCCAGGAGGCUUUUUACACAGCACAUGUUUUGACUCAUCAUGGUAAGAAAAGAACAGGUGUUACUCAUGUCAGUUCUGAUCCAGCCAUCAUUAAUUUUAUUAUUCACACCUGUACCUUCUCUUCUGAUUAAUGUCACAAUGUCUCAUGUUUGAGAAUAUAGCUAAAGGUGAAAGCAUGGCCGUGACGAAAUAACCUCACCCACAACUUCCUGUCGCACCUUGAUAAAUCUGUCCAGGUAAAUGGCUCCUCAGGCACAGGUUCAUAGCUGGGGUUUAGCUCUAGUUUCACUGUCCUAUCACCAUGCAUUCCUACACACUGACUGGAGCAUCUCAAGCAGAUCUCCUGCUGACAGAAGAAAGGCCAACUAUGUCACUAAGCUGGUCUGAGGAGUGGCAUAUACUGCAAGGCUCCUUUAGGUGCUCUCUUGUUGAGAUGUUAUAUCCCUGAGAAAGAGCAAACCAUUGUUUGUGAAAGCACCUAUUCAUCUGUCUUCUCCUUUAUCAAACUUCAUUAAAAACUGGCAAAUUGUCUAGAAAAGGUUCAAUUAUAUGAAGAUGACUGUUUGUGGUGAUAUAUCAUUCUUUCAGAUUGGUGAUAAUAGUGGAGGUAUGAGGCUCAGCUCAGCACAGAGGUGUCUUUGUCACAGCACAAAGCAUUUAUUAUCCCUAUCAUAGCAGAGAGAGGAAACACUGCUCAUAUACAGCCUCCUUCCUGCUAAUCACAGACAAAAGGAGGGCGCUGGCGUCUCUAAGACUGAAGUAUCUGGAGUAUCCGUUCAAGACGCUAUUCUAAUCACUUCUGACUGUCUCUGUUUUAAUAUCUACCUAAUGAAAUUUACCUGAAAGACAAACACUGGGCUGCUUUAACAAGUCUGAUAAAAACUAUAACAAAUAAAGACAGAAACAAGCUUAUUAGAAACUGAUAAAGCUGUUUGAAACCAAAAUGACCAAGACCCUCUUCAGGAUGGUCGGAUGUGAGUUUAGAUUACAAGAUAAUUUAAGUUUGUUACAAAUAAUUAUGCUGUGUCUACAAUGAACCAUACACAUUUGCUUAAAAUCAAUUAGAUUUGAUUUUUUUCUCUCCAAGAAUCUUUAUUAAAAAGGGAAAAGGAAUAAGAAAGAUAAUAAAAUACGUUUUUUGUUACCAAGUUUACAUUUGUAAAUGAAAAAUUCUCCUAUUAGAAUAAACAGAUUCACUGUAAACUAUGAAUUCUGUUGAAACAAAAUAAAAGACUUUCUCACAAUAAAACAAAGUCUCUGGGAAAAAAAGUCUAUUAUAAAUACCUGAAAUCCUACCAGAGCUUGUAGUAUGUGGACAAUGGCAAAGAGGUUUAAUACAAUCUCUUAAAUUAAAUAUUAAAUGCAAAUAUUUACAACCAACUCUAAAAUAAAAGCUUUAUAUGCUGACACAAAAAUGCACCCUUACCAUUCACUUGAGUUGGUUAGCAUGAACAUUCGAAGGAAAAAUAUAACAUACUCUGUAUUUAUAGAGUAGGCUCUCCCCCUCUGUUGGUAAAUAUCUUCCUUUGUAAGAAAAAAAUCAUUCAUUAAUGUUGAUUUCAGUUUUUAUGUCGUCUGUAUAAGCAGCAACAUUUCAUCCUCCGUCCUGUUUGUCCCUCGUCGGUUCCUGUAGGACUGGGGACGGGUUGCCUGGAAACCGCGGAAACGUUUGGGAGCAGCAGCAGAGAUGGAGAAGUAUGAGAAAAUCAAAGUUGUCGGAAGAGGAGCUUUCGGGUAAACUCACAGUUCACUGACACUUUGUUCGUGUUUUGUGUUGUAAAAGCAUGUUAAUCUUUAAAAGUCGUCGUCGAUAUGCCGUAAACUGAUAUGAAACUCGAAGGCAGUUAGAAGAAAGUUUUUCCACUAAAUGUAACGGGAUAUGAGUCCAACAAGCGCCACCCUCCUUCAGAGACAUCGCCCAUCUAGAUACAUUUUUAGAUAACUAGGUUGUCACGAAGCAAACUGAGGCUAUUGCUAAAGUAAAGAAGGGUCUCUAGUCUCUACAUAAACUUGUUAGUUAAGUUUUAUCCCCAAACAGAAGUUUAUGUGUCUAUGUCUGCUAAAAGUUUGUCUGGGUUUCUUGUCAGGGACUAUUUGUUUAAUGUGGCAGGACAUGACUCUGUGUAAUUGACUUCACUGUGUAUUUAGUAAGCUUUGAUGGGUUUGUAAGAAGAAACUGUUUUGAAAAUAUUGUAAAUUUCUCUACAAUGCCUGCAGAUACUCCAUCAAAACAAACACACACUGGGACUGAGUUUAACCUGGACCUUGUCUAACUAAUGCACUCAAUUUACCAGAGGAGAAGUAUUUGUGAAUUCUGAAGUUUGAGUCUCAAAGUCAGCAUGAACAUCUAUGAAACAGGUAUCAUCUGCAAAUAACAGGGGAGAAGGUUACAACAGGAGAUAGGCAAGUCAUUGAUAUAAGUUAAGACUUUUUCUUUCCUCUCAGGUUUUUCCAAAUGUGAGUAAUCUGGUUCAGUCAGGGUCAAAAACUAUCCUGCUGAACAAAUUCAUUUUCUUAACCUUCCUCUCCUGUCAGGAUCGUUCAUUUGUGCCGCAGACGCAGCGACGGGGCCUUCGUCAUCCUGAAGGAGAUCCCGGUGGAACAGAUGUCCCGAGAUGAACGCCUGGCAGCUCAGAAUGAGUGUCAGGUCCUGAAACUGCUCAAUCAUCCGAAUAUCAUAGAGUACUACGAGAACUUCCUUGAGGACAAGGCUCUUAUGAUAGCUAUGGAGUAUGCACCAGGUAAGCUCACUGUAAUAUCUAAUUACAUGAACCCCUUUUGUUUGGUGACUAAAGAUUCACUUUCCCAUGAUCUAGAACUGUAGGGCUCCAUGUUAUCUCUUAUUUCCAUGUCAAAACAGUAUCAUAGGAUAACUUUCCUGUCAGCAUAACAGGACACAAUGUUACAUAAGUAGAUUGCCAUAAAGUAAAGAAAUUUCAGCCAUAAAUUUUCUAUGUUUGGGCGAUAGACCAGACUUGACCUGGUUAGGGUCCUAAAGCUCUAGGUUGUCUUCUGUGCGAUAUUUUUCAUCCUUGCUUUCUUUUAAAUGUUGUUUCCUGACAUUGAGGUAAAUCACAAAUGGAUGGUAUUUAGUUUAGUCUCUGUGAAUCAAAUGAUGAAAUGAAUCAAGAAAAGUGUUUUGUUGUUUUCUCAAAACCUGUAAAAUCCACCUCCUCUGGCCUUGAUAUCAUCACUUACGUGUCAGUCUUUCAAGCCACUAACUUAAUCUGUGUUUUUUUCACUAUCUAAACUGUUUCCAUGUUUCCUUGGUGCAGGUGGAACACUGGCUGAUUACAUACAGAAGCGCUGUAACUCUCUGCUAGACGAGGACACCAUUCUCCACUUCUUCGUUCAGAUCUUACUGGCCCUGUACCACGUCCACAACAAACUCAUCCUGCACAGGGACCUUAAGACACAGAAUAUUCUUCUUGACAAGCACCAGAUGAUUGUCAAAAUUGGGGAUUUUGGCAUCUCCAAAAUCCUUGUCAGCAAGAGCAAAGCUUACACAGUGAGUGAAUGUAAUGACUUUUUCUUGAUAUAUUGAAUCCUCAGUUGUGCUCAAAGAAAUCAAUGUGUCGUUUCUUCUUCACUCUGCAGGUGGUAGGGACCCCAUGCUACAUCUCCCCUGAGUUGUGUGAGGGAAAGCCGUAUAACCAGAAGAGCGACAUCUGGGCUUUGGGCUGCGUGCUCUAUGAGCUGGCAAGUCUGAAGAGGGCCUUUGAGGCGGCUGUAUGUAAAACAUUUUCUCUAAAACAUUCCUCACUGCCUUGCAUGCAUUGAUUAAAUAAAUGUGCUGUCUUUUUAAGUAUCAUCUCUGAACUGACUGUGAAAUACAAGAGAUUAUUGCGCAAGGCGAUGAAACAAUCCUAACCACUAUCAGAGCAGCAGUAGAAACACCAUUUCUUAGAGUAUUUGACAAAGCAUUUGUUACUCUAAAUCUAGAUUGCAGCUGAUUCCAACGCAUAAAUAAUCAACAAAAUCUGCCCUAUGUGUGAAAACAUGAAUGUGAAAAUCUCUUUUCUUUGCCAGUUGGAAUCAGGGUUUUUCACAUUGUUGUGAUGCAUAAUUAACUAUUACUCAAUAAUGCUUUCUCUUGUCCUCCAGAAUCUUCCAGCCCUUGUUCUGAAGAUCAUGAGUGGAACAUUUGCUCCAAUAUCGGACCGGUACAGCCCUGAACUCCGACAGCUCAUCCUCAACAUGCUCAAUCUGGAUCCAUCCAAACGACCUCAGCUCAAUGAAAUAAUGGCUCUACCCAUAUGCAUCAGGCCGUUACUCAACCUGUACACGGAUAUUGGCAAUGUCAAAAUGCGCAGGUAGUUUAUGACUGAGACACAUGAUUGGAGUUUUUAUCUGAUGAAAAAACUCACCAGCCCUGAUUUUUUUUUUAGGAUUGAAAAACCAUUAUCUACUGUGCAAACUGGGCCUCAAGGUAGAACAGGAGGGAGAGUCCCUACCAGCAGGUCCAGAGGUCAGAGACAUAACUCCCUAACUUAACUCAAAAGUAACCUGGUUUGUCAUCAUCACUACUAAUUUGUUCUAUCUUUGACUGGAACAGACGGAUCAGUUGGUCUUGGAUCAGGAAAGGUGACCUCCCUCCCGCUGUCCUCAGUCUAUACAUGGGGAAGUGGAAUCUCAGCGCCUCUCCGUUUGCCGAUGCUCAACACUGAGGUGCUCCAAGUGUCUCUGGGCCGUACUCAGAGGAUGGGGGUGACCAAGUCAGGUCGGCUCAUAACAUGGGAGGUCUGUUAAGUCAAUUUGUUGAUGAAUGAAUGUAAUUUUGUCAAAUAUUCACAGAUGACCAGACAAAUAUUGCUAAAGACAUCAAACAAUAUUCACAAGAGAUACUAUAGAAAUAACACAAAAGGUGUAAGUCAUAUCAGAGGAGAAAACUACACGCUGUAGAGAUGUGUGCAUUCUCAGCAGCAGCUGCUUUAGUGACCAAAGUCUGUUUUGCUAAAAGCAACACUCUCUGGGAUGUAAUUUCUCUAAACUACAAAAAUAGAGAGGGUAGAGUUUAGACGUUUAGGUCUGGAAAACAUGGACAGUUAACGAGAAAACAGUUGGCAGUAAGCGCUGAACCUGAUUGAACGGACCGAUGGCUCCUACCCUUGGCUUAAGUGCUACAUUUUUCCUCUCAAGUCUUUUAUUACUUACAUUUUCCAGGAAAGAGUUACAUGCUCAUUAAAAGAUCCUCCUUUUCCCAGCUGUCGACUAAUAAUCAUUAUAACCGUUUAUCCUCUCAGGCUCCAUCAGUGGGUUCUGGUGAGGCCAGUCUCCAUGGAGUGGUGGAGCAAAUGCAGCCUCAGUUCAUUUCACGUUUCCUGGAGGGUCAGUCUGGAGUCACCAUCAAGUCUGUGUCAUGCGGCGAUCUCUUCACCACCUGCAUGACAGGUUGGUAGGCAGUUCUGCUUUGUAAAAACCAAUCAGAGAUGCAUGACCAGUCAGCCUGACAGAGCACUUCGCUGAAGGAAAUCAACGUUGAUUCCCUUUUUUCUGCACUUCUGACGUUGAUGAAAGCGAGGAAAGGCUCAGAUCUUUUUCCUGUGAAAUAAACCUGUGAAUGUUCACUUGGCAUUUAAUGUCUGAACUGUGCUGCUCUGUUAGCCAGGGUGCUUCAGUAGGCUGUCAUCAGACAACACUGGUUGCCUCUCAGCCUAGUUCCCCCUCUUUCAUCACUGUUCACUGCAGCUUCUCCUCAAUAUGAAGUAUAAACUGUUUGCUGAAUACACCUACACUCAUCCACCAAAUAUAACCUUAUUCUCUUAUUUCUGAUUUGCAGACAGAGGAAUCAUUAUGACAUUUGGAAGUGGGAGUAAUGGCUGCCUGGGGCAUGGUAACUUCAAUGAUGUAACCCAGGUACGUGUCCGUCAUUAAAGGAAAACACUUGAAUCCUACAUUAUACAUGAAGUUCAUUAAGUUUGACUCACGAAAACAGUCUCUAGUCUGAUAUACCAGCUCAAUCUGUGCUCAAAUAAAAUAAUAAUAAUGCAUCAGAUUUCGUCUAGCGCUUUAUCAGAGACCCUCAAAGCGCUUUACAAUGGAUACAUCAUUCAUUCACUCACACAGUCACACAGUCAUACAGUCACAGUAUCCUAGACUUUUUCAUCACUGAGAGUAGGAAUAAAAACUAUGUGGUGGUUUUGAUAAACAGAGAAUUAAAGAAUAGUUAUUAAUGAAGUUUAAAUGUUCCCAACAAACUGGUAACUUUUGUCGCGUUGCACUGUGUGGUAUUACACAUACGUGUUAACAGGUGCACAGCAUUAGUCACUCCUUAGUCACCCCUAUUCUAACAUCGCCAGACUCAUUAAAGAUAUAAACAGGUGUAGUACCAUGUCAGUGAAACGUGGACUGAGGAUUGUUUUAAAAGUGUGACAAAAAUUCCUCUUGAUCCAACAACCAGACAGAGCAGAAACAAAACGUGAUGUGGUUAAAAGCUGCUCGGUGAUGAAACUAGUUUAAACACCCUGAUCAAAUAGAGCUCAAUGAAAAAACACAGACAGUUGGCAUUGCAUGGGUAGUUGCUCACUCUUUGAGCAUGUAGGCAGUGUGAACCACCCUGCUAGUUUUUUAACACUGAUGCAAUGGCUGCUCAUCAGAUACCAAAACUACAGCUUUAUCAUCACUUUUUGGAAUUGUUUUGACUUUACUUUGACUUUAUUUUUGUAGUGAUAUGACUUCUUUGAAAUUCAUCCAUGUAUUUUUUAAAACUGUUCUAUGAACCUUUAAUCUCUCACAUGAAACUCCUAUUGUAUUCACUUGUUCUCUCUUUCUCUGUUGUCCCUCUCAGCCAAAGAUAGUUGAAGCUCUCCUAGGCUAUGAGCUGGUUCAGGUGUCUUGCGGUGCUUCCCACGUUCUGGCGGUGACCAAUGAAAGAGAAGUAUUUGCCUGGGGAAGAGGAGACAAUGGUAUCGUAAAUGAGAUGGUUGUUUUUAGUCUCACUCAGUCUAUCUCUGUGUUAAUCUUUAUGUUUUAGUUUGUGAUCGACUGAUUUAUGACGCCAGCAUCUCGGCACAUAAUGUACUCGUUUCUGUUUAAUGUCUGGAAGGUCGCCUCGGGCUCGGCACCCAAGAAACCCACAACUCUCCCCAGCAGGUGUGUUUACCUGUGGAAUUUGAAGCCCAGAGGGUGGUGUGUGGGGUUGACUGCUCCAUGAUUAUCAGCACCCAGCACAGCAUCAUGGCCUGUGGAAGCAACAGGUAGUUAUUCAGUGUUUUUCAACCCAAGCCCAUUGAUUUUAGUCUUGGUAAACUUGAGAGACAAAAAUCAGCUUUGAAACAUCUAAUUCCAUGUUUAAUGAGUAGGGUACAUGUUUUUCUGAAAGGAUUCUCUUUUGGAUUGAUUCCCCUCCAAGUUAACGCCAGAUAAAAGUGCAACAACCAGCCCAACUCCAGACGGGAAAGAUAUGAAAGAAAGCAGAUGAAUCUUAAAAUCAUCUUUUUUUUUUUUAAGUUGUAUACACCAUUAAGAAUUAAAAGGAAAAUAUAUUUGAAAAAGAAAUUUAAAAUGCUCAAAGUAAAUUUUGAAAAGGAAUCUCUGAUCAAAGUAUUUAUUUAAAAUUUAUGGGAGACACUUUAUAAAGGGGUUAACUGGCUCCAAAAACCAAAGCCAAAGAAAAAACUACCUGAGAAUUUUGGAGUUGAUACCAGUAUGUGCAGUACUAUGAGGUCUACAUAGUGCAGGAAGAAAGACCCCAUUAUCAGUAAAUGUUGAGCUCUGCUCUAUGAUAUACUUAAUUUAGAAUAAAGAGGUCAUAGCAGGAGCAAUCACUUGUCAAUCACGUUUCUUGCUUCUAGUGAAGCGCUUUGAUGUUCAACCAGCGAGGCAGCAUUCUCCUAAAAUGACAAACACUUCUCUUUCAUUGUUAAUCCCUCUCUUUUUGGGCCGGAUGUUAAGCUGCAAACAACGAAGUGUUCUUCUCAAGUCAAAGUCAGAGCGGAAUUACUCACCUGCAGCAGACUAUAAAACAUGAAUGUGAAAUAUGAGUUUUGUGAUGUUGGAGCUUUGUCUGGAAGAAUAAAUGACACACUUCACUCUGUUUUAAAAAACAGUGAUUGAUCUUUGUUUUUUUAUUGGUGUCAGGUUCAAUAAGCUAGGGCUGGAUAAAAUAACAUCUGGAGAAGAGCCACACCCCUCAAACCAGGUGGAGGAAGUCCAUUCUUACACACCUAUCCAAUCAGUCCCACUUAACAAGGAGAAGAUUGUGUACGUUGACAUUGGGACAGCACACUCUGUUGCUGUUACAGGUACAAUAUCAAUCAGCUGACUCAUGUGGCUUGUAUUUGUGUCUGAAGUUAAUAACUCAACAUUGCCGUGAGAAAAAAGAAUGUCAGUGUUUCAUUUGGCACCAGCCUAACUUGUUCUUGAGCCUUUGGCUGAACCAGAGUUAUUCUUAGUACCUAACAUACGUAGUUAAUUCUGGCUUAAAAUAGAGCAACUAAUUACUAAACUCAAAGUUAUGUUAGUUCACCAACGUUUCUCUUUUCCAGACAAGGGUCAGUGUUUCACUUUUGGCAGCAACCAACACGGUCAGAUGGGCUGCAGCUCUCGACGUAGCACCCGUGUGCCCUACCUGGUCCCUGGGCUGCAAAGCAUCACCAUGGCUGCCUGUGGAGACGCCUUCACGUUGGCUAUUGGAUCUGGUGAGUUGGACUGUGAAUGUUAGUGGGACAGGUUAUAAAAAACAGUCACAUAUGCACUUAGUCAGACAUAAAUCUGAUUUGCCAUAUUUCCACACCUGGGGUGACCAAAAGCUUUGGAAGAGGAAGUGAUAUGAGCAGGUUGAGAGCGAACAGGGUAGAAGUUUAACGGCUAAACAGCUGCCUCUUUUCUGCUGCUAAGGUGGCGUUAGGCUUGGUGUUAUGAAACAAAAACCACUUGGCUCAUGCUUCUUUACUUUAAACCGGCCGGGCACUGAGGAGGAGCCGUCACAUGACAUACUUCAAAAACAUUGAACUUCGCACAAAGUCAAGAAGGCGUGUUAUCGUAGAACCGAAACAGAUGUGUCAGCUUCAGCGCCACAAAAAAGUGCUCUGAGAGUAAAACCUGGUCUGCGCCAUUUUAGUUGCUGUUCUGCGUCUGACCUCAGACAGCACAAGUAUUUUUCAAAAAGGAUGAACUCUCUGUACUCCUCAUUAAUAAUCCUCUGCUUUAAAAGGCGUCUAAACCUUUGCAAAAGCUGAAGUUGCACAGGAAAACGCAGCAGGGUUUGUCUUAGUUCUGUGUCGACAGAACAUUUCUCAGAUAGCUGUGGUUUAGCAGCUUAGAAAAAAGGGGAUUCUGGGAUAUUCAUGCAUCCUAAUGAGCGAUUCAAACAGUCACUGUGAGCGGCUGUGAUCCCAAAACAGGAGUGCUACUUAAAUAACUUAAGAGUGUUACUCAGAUCCAAAAAGAUUCAUUAUGAACAUCUGAAGAACUAAUUUUUUACUUAAAUAAUUGUUUUAAAGCAUUUCAGCCAAAAUGUCAAUGAGUUAGUCUUCAAGUGAAAAGGCUAAACACAGAAAAACUCUUGCAUGUUAAGUCCAAACAACACACAUAUUCCUUUGAAACAAACUUUUAGUUUUUGGUCGAGACAGGCGAUCACAAGAUGAAAUAAGGAUGUCACACUGCAACAUGCAUCCAAAACCUUUUCAGAAAUAGUUGUGUAAGUCGUCUGGCUGACCUAAGUGAGUUUGGACGUAAAGAAAUAAGACAACAGACAAAAGAAUGUCAGAAACUCUUCUGGUGUUUUUCAGGGCAGUAGUUCAUGAUAGAGAAAUAAUCUUAUAAUACUUUAACUUUUAAAUAAUAUUAAGUAUAAAUUGCAAAUAAUCAGAAAUUGAUGGUUUCUCUUUGAAGCUUUCAAACAUUAUUUUAUGUCACAUCACAGUUGCUGCACAGUGUCAGAGUCUGCAGACUCAUGAUACAGAGUUAGGAAAAAAUGGAAACCAUACUUAAACAAAAAGCAGAUGCCAUGUUGCCAGCCUGGCAACUAUUUUCAAAAGUAAGCGCUGAGUAUGUUAAGUGAGGGGUUUUGUUCUUGAAGCUGAGGGUUAAAUGAUGAAAUGUCACACUGUGCCAGUGAUUGGCUCCCCGGGGAGAAAUCCAGCAGUGGUAGGGUGCCUGUAGGGUUUCUUUGUUGUGAAAAGUCUUUGUUCAGCUUUGACUUCCUUCAAAUUGAGCCAUUUUUCUCCCUCUGCAGGAGAGACAAGGCUGUCACUGAAAGAUUUGUGUGGAUUAAUGCACUCUAGGGUCUGUGCUGUGGAUUUGGAGAGAUGAUGACGAACUCUUUCUCCUUUCUCCUCCUGCUCUCUCUCUCUCUCUCUCUCUCUCUCUCUCUCUCUCUCUCUCUCUCUCUCUCUCUCUCUCUCUCUCUCUCCACAGACGGUGAGGUGUACACCUGGGGAAAGGGGGCCCGUGGCCGCCUCGGUAGGAAAGAGGAGGACUCUGGGAUACCGAAGGCGGUGCAGCUGGAGGAGAGUCACCCCUUCACAGUGACAUCAGUGGCUUGUUGUCAUGGCAACACUUUGCUGGCAGUGAAACGUAAUAUUUUGCUUAUUACCCCCUUUGUUAAAAGAACACAGAUGUCAGGUUGUGGUGACUGAAAGAUGAGAAAGAAGACAAACUUAGGACAGGUAUCGUUUGAGGACACAGACACUGCUUCUUCAGAAAGUUUUGUUUCUCCUCCAGUCAAAGCUGCUCUUUGUUGUUUCCCUCAGCUGCAGGUCAAAUGUAAUAAUUCAGUUUACAUUUUUAAUGUUGUCGAUUUCACCUGAUCAGCAGUGUGUACCUUAUUUUUCCAACUGUGACCAUCUCUGACCAUGAACUCUGAGGAACUGAAGGUGGGAUUAAAGCGUCCCUCUGCUCUCUAAAAUGAAAAAAAGCUGCAGAUUUGAGAGAGAUUAAACUGCAUCACAAUUUGAUAACUAACAGAAAUGUUGGUAAUCCUCACCACAGUGUGCAGGGCCUCUGUUUACCAACCAUGAGACAAGGACAUGACCUAAAAAGAAGUGGUUAACAGGGUCAGUUUAAGUCGUGACAGUUCAGACCUGAAACUCACAUCUUCAAAUGGUGUCGCUGCUUGUUUUCAUGGACAGUCUGAAGUUUUUACCAACAUUCAAGUACCUGAAAACACUGUACCUGAGCAACAUGAUGAUUUUAUUACAGAGUGAGCUAUAUUAAGUAUAACAGAUGGAUUUGAAGUAGCAACUGCUAGUUAGUAAAUGGGAAAUUGAUUUAUUUGUCACUAAGAAAAAGAAUCGAACGCAUCGACUAAAGGCUGAUCUCACAUGGAGGUUAAUCCAUUCAGGUUACUUGGUUUGACAAUAAGUCUGUCUGAAAAUCCUGAAAUUUCUCUUCAUAUUUUAAGAAUCCCACAUGCAACCUUUUUAUUUCUCAUUUUCUCAUCCAUCCCACCAGAGCAGAGAUGAAUUUUUAUAUUUGAAAAGAAGAUGGAAUUAAAAUAGCUGUAAUUUUAUGUUCUGUAGGCCAGCUCAACUAACAGUUUGCCCUUUCCUCUGGUGUCGUUUCAGCCCUGCUGGAGGAGCCUGUGCCGAGAUGAUUUGAUCCUGACAAAAUAAAACAAACUCUGUCAGCAUUCAUCACAAAGUCCGGCGGCGGCGGCAGCGUGAGGUAAAGGACAGCUUCCUCUGAAUAAGUCCUGCCAAAGGCCCAUCUGCGCCGCACUUCAAAGAUUCCCUUUCACACUGCAGCUGCGGCCUCACAUUUUCACUCUCUUCCUCUCUAGUUUUUUUCUUCUCUCCUCCUCCUCCAGGAAUGAGCUGGUUUCCUUCAGUAGGCUGGAAUCGGAAGCCCAUAAAAGAUCAGAAAAAUGUGUGUGUUAGCAGGUGUAUUUCACAACAGGUGAGUUAAAGGACUGCCGUCACUCGGGCAGGAUUGCAGGAAGUCGUCGUUAGGCAGCUUUCAUGUGGACAGCUAUUGUCCUCUCUCACGUGCAGACUUUAGCAUGAUAAAAGGCAGAAAAAGUCAGACUGGUUUGAGCUCCGCUAAGCCACUGAUGAAUGACAUGAUACAAAGCAAAGAAAGGAAAAGAAUGAAGGCCACUCGGGAGUUUAGUAAGUCAUCAGUCAAGUGGAGCAAACACGUUAAUCUUGAUCACAUCGUCAGUGGUCACAUUGUGCUUUAUUGGAUUAGUCCCCCGAAUACAUUUGUAAUGCAUUAGCAGAGUUCAAAAUAGAUUACAGUCUGUUGUUUGGAGCUCAACUGAACAAAGUUUGAGGACUUAAUGAGUGUUGUUGUGUCCAGGAUUUCUCCCUCGUCUUCUCUUCCGCUUGUGUGUUAUAACCGAGCAGCAUUGUGCUCUAAAAGCUAACGAUCGAGAUGUAGGCUUAUGAAUCAUCCACACCAACGGCUUUUAAGUGUGACAAAUGGCACCAGAGGAGAAAGUAUGUUUACACAGGGCAAAGUUUCUCUGCAGAAGUGAAGGUGAGCAUUAAACACUUGGUUUUUUGAAGUCAGGCUGACUGAAGUUGUGCCUCUUCUGCAUCUUUUUUUGCACAUAAUGAAAGUUUAUCAGGUGCACACCUUUUAUACACAUUUGGGACUAAACAAUAGUUUUAUUCACUUGUCUGAAUCUUAUAGUGCACCAUUUACAGCGCAGAGACUGGUACAGUAAAUGAAGUGCACUACAGAGCCAUAAGAGGAAUUAAUUUGUGUUUUUGUUUUGUUAUGUCUAUUUUUAUCAUGAUUAAUUAUCGUGUAUAAUCUGUAUUAUAUGAUGACCCAUUACUGCCAAAGUGGUGAGAGAAGGACUUAAAUCCCUUUUAGUUGGAGCCACGCUUAAGAAAUUUUCUAUUUCAGGUAUCAGUAUUAAAUGAGCUGCUUUUGCUGAAGUGCCUUCAUGCUAAUUUGUCUUUCAAGGGUUAAUUUGAAGUUAUUAUAUUCUGUCAAGAUAGGUUUAUCUUAACAAUUUUAACUUUUUCUAUUUAUCAUAAACCUCCUUUUAUGAUGUACUUAUAAUCUGACUGUAAAAUGACAUAAUUAAAGCUGCCAAACAAAUACAGAAACAUACAGAAGCUUC